CGAAGGCCAUGGCAUUGUGGAAUAAUGAACUAAGCAAAACGUUCAUAGUUGCCGAAAUUGGCCAGAACCAUCAAGGGUCUCUGUGUACAGCAAAGCAAAUGAUUAAAGCUGCAAAGGAAUGCGGAGCAGAUUGUGUAAAAUUUCAGCGAUCGAAUUUGACGGAAAAGUUUACUGCCAGUGCCCUGGCACGCCCAUACGCCGGACCCAAUUCUUGGGGCAAUACUUAUGGAGAGCACAAAGCAUGGCUUGAAUUUUCAAUUGCACAGUAUCGCGAACUGCAACGUUUUGCCCGCGAAAACGAUAUUACAUUUACUGCAUCAGCAAUGGAUGCAGCCUCCUUUCGGGAGCUCGAAGAGCAAUUAAAUGUUCCCUUCAUUAAAAUCGGUUCUGGUGAUGCAGAUAACGUACCACUGCUUCGUUACGCUGCCAAUCGAACCGUUCCUCUGAUAAUUUCCACUGGGAUGCAAGAUUGGAGCCACAUUUGCACUAUUUACGGCAUGUUCCGUCACCGCAAAGACGUAGGAUUGCUUCAUUGUGUAUCUUCCUAUCCGACACCGGCUGAAGAUACGAUGUUGCAAAUGAUUCCUUUGUUUCGGAGUCACUUUCCCGCGCUAACCGUUGGAUAUUCUGGGCACGAGUUGGGCAUACAGCUUUCCGUAGCAAGCGUAGGUUUGGGUGCACGUAUAGUCGAGCGACAUUUUACGCUUGAUAAAUCGUGGAAAGGAACCGACCAUCAAGCAUCGUUAAAUCCGGUCGAAUUUGCACGCAUGGUACGUUGCAUUAGAGCGUUGGAAACAAAGAUAUCGACGGGGACAGAGUCUUUGAUCGAACAAUUACGAAGCAUUCUAGAUGUAAAGGAAUUUAAUGAACGUGAGUUACAUGUAGCUCUUAAGCAAGUUGACGUACAGGACAGAAAGCUGUUAGACAGUGAACGACCAUGUAGCGAUAAGUUGGGUAAAUCGCUAAUAUACGCUAACAAUGUGUCUGCCGGAACUAUUCUUACUGAGUCAGAUAUUGGGAUAAAAGUAAGCGAACCAAAAGGUUUAUCUCCACGGUUGUACGAUGCUGUUGUUGGAAGGAUGGUAAAAUAUGACGCUUGCAAGGACAAUCCCAUUUUGGAGCAACAUUUUUGAAGAUUCCA